AUGGCCUCUGUCACAUCCUUGGACAAGGACCUGCGCAACCUGCGCCUGUCCCGCUAUACCCCGCAAGCGGCGGCCGAAGUUCGCUCAUGGAUCGAAGAAGUGUUGCGCGAGAAGCUAGCACCCGGUGAUCUUCUCGAGGCACUCAAAGAUGGUGUCGCGCUUUGCAACCUUCCGCCCCACGAUGUUUUCCUCACCGUCGAUCUCUAUGAGGCUAAGGAUCCCGCGCAAGUCCUUCAAUGUAUAUCAGCCUUUAGCCGCAGGGCAAAUUCGAUCCAGCCCGGUAAAUUUCCGCGCGCAAUUGGAGUACAAAGCAAGGCCGGCACUCUGAGCCCGUCCUUAACCGGUUCCAGUCAGGGCCCUCAUACGCCUACAAAGAACCGAGGAUUUAGUGAUGCCAACUCUAGCGCCUCUGGCCGCUCCAGUCCCGCACGGUCCCCCCAACCUGUCAGCAGUUGGAGCAAGAAAUCGGACCAGUUUGUCACACAGCCAGCUUGGAAUAUCCACCAGUAUGGAUACAUGGGAGGUGCAAGUCAAGCCAAUCAAGGUGUCGCAUUUGGUGCCCGUCGACAGAUUACUACCGCUGCACCGCAUGUGCCAAGUUUAGCGGAAAAAGAGAAGCGCAAACGUGAAGAAGAAGAAAGACUACAGCUCGAACAAGAAGAGGCUGCACGAAUUCACCAACAGCAGCGUGAAGCAGAGGAAGCUCGAGCGCGAGAGGAGGAAGAGCGCCGAUGGGCGGAAGAGACGGCCCGACUGAGAGAAAAGGAACGGCGAGAGGUUGAGGAGGAGCGGAAACGGUGGGAUGAAGAACAACGGCGGUGGGAGCAGGAGGAACAACAACGUCUGCGAGAAGAGAAAGAGGCAGAGGAGAGGCUGGAAAAGGAGAGACAACGGCGACGGGAUACGAGUGAUGUCCGUCUAACCGGUCAGUUUCUUAGCCAAUACCGAGCAAGUGAAGCCGCUCCCACACAAACUGCAUCUAGCGAAUCGCAGGAAAGCCAACGCAUUAGGGAGUUGGAACAACAAUUAGAGCAGGCGAAAGAGAGAGAGCGCGAAUAUGAACGUGAACGACAGGCACUCAAGGAGAAAGAAAACAAACCCGCCGAGGCCAAGCGACCUGUCCCAGUACCGCCCAAACCAAGUUAUGAUCUCUCAUCUCUCGAGCAAGAACGGCGUCUUCUCCGCGGCGAAUGGGAGCGGCACCAGGAUUCAAAGCCAGCUGCGGAAGUGCAGACACCCCCGCCCAUGCCCCCUCGACGACCUCUGCCUGACCCUACUACUGCCCAGCCGCCAAAGAUCCAGACAUCAGAGAGUCGAGUCGAUCGCUUCUUGUCAUCAAACCCGGCGCCCGUGGCUCCCAAGCCCGCCACUCAUCGCUUCCAAGAUUACACUACUACAUCCGAGGUCGACGCUGAAAACAGCCGCCGCAUCGCAUCUCAGCAGAAGACCCGCGCAGGCGGGUGGGCCUCGAAAUCCCUCUUAGAGCGGGAAAUGGAGCGCGAGCGCGAGCGCCAGAGGGAAUGGGAAGAGAACCAGAAGCAGACUCAGGAAGCUGCGGCUAGAGGCGCGAAGGACCCAACACUCACUGCGGGACCCGGCGGCGCUUGGGACGUACACCAGUAUGGCUUCAUGGGUGGUGAUAACCAGAACCGAGGCGGCCCUGGAUUAGGCGUUGGAGGAGCAAGGCGGCAGAUUAUCGGGCCUCGACCACCUCCAUAAUUUGAUUUGUCUUGUUUCGAACUGUUGGCUUGUUUGUGGCUGGAUAUUUGUCCUGUGUUGCUUUGAUCCCCCUCAUUCCCCCUUCGUAUUUAUCAAUUAGAGAUAUUGUUUGAGAGCACAAAGCUUACUGC